CAGAUCGUCCAGCUUCAAACCUCACCAAACGGAAAGGCACAAAGAAUAUAAAAUCGAAUCGGGGAGAGAGAGAGAGAGAGAGAGAGAGAGAGAGAGAGAGAGAGAAAGCCAUGGCUACUUUCGACGAAGCCCCGUCGGCUAAGAGAUGGCUUCCUCUCGAAGCUAACCCUGAUGUUAUGAACCAGUUCCUUUGGGGCCUGGGUCUUCAAGAGGAUGAGGCAGAAUGCUUUGAUGUUUACGGGUUGGAUGGAGAACUCUUAGAAAUGGUUCCGAAGCCUGUACUUGCUGUCCUGUUUCUUUAUCCUCUAACCGCAAAGACCGAAGAAGAGAGAAUGAUGCAGGCAAAUGAAAAACAGGAACCCAAAGGUAGUGUUUAUUUUAUGAAACAAACUGUGGGCAAUGCUUGUGGAACUAUUGGGCUUCUUCAUGCUGUUGGAAAUAUCACGUCAGAGAUCAAACUUGUUGAGGAUUCAUUCUUGGAUAGGUUUUUCAAAAAAACUGCAAGCAUGGAUCCAUUGCAGCGUGCAGCAUUCCUUGAAAGUGACACAGAAAUGGAAGUUGCUCAUUCAGUAGCAGCUCAUGGUGGCGAUACAGAGGCAUCUGACAAUGUGGACACUCACUUUAUUUGCUUUGCAUGCGUGGACGGGGAGCUUUAUGAGCUUGAUGGGAGGAAGUCAGGUCCAAUCUCUCACGGUCCAUCUUCACCAGAUAGUUUAUUGCAGGAUGCAGCUAAAGUCAUACAGGGCAUGAUCCAGAAAAAUCCUGACUCCCUCAACUUCAAUGUGAUUGCAAUUUCAAAGAAAUCCGGUGGGUUUUCUUAAGUUGGAAUGCAUCCAUGUCCUUCAAAAGUGGUCAAAAGUUUAAUGCAGUGGUAGCACUUGAUGUACGCAUCUUUACACUGAACAGAUUUUGUUUUUCCUGGUUAACAUGUGUGCUAGCAUCUAUAGCAUAAGCUUACUCAACUGCAUUAAACUGGCUGUAAAAUUCUGACUAUAGCCUUGGUGUGUACCGAUCACGCCUGUUGGGCAUAGAAUAGAGUUCCGUGUUUUUAUAA